CAAGCUAUCUACGACCAAGGCGCUGAGUUGGACCGUAUUUGGGGGUUCGUGGACGGAACCGUUAGGGGCGUUUGCAGGCCAGGAGGGGCUCGGGAGCAGCAAAGUGUGUACAGUGGUCACAAACGCAAGCAUGUGCUCAAGUUCCAGACCGUCGUUACUCCAGACGGCAUGAUCUUCCACCUACACGGGCCGGCUGAAGGCCGAAGACACGACAUCCUACUGCUGCGAGAGUCCGGGCUGGAGGAACGAGUCCGCCGCGACGGGAGAUUUCAAGGAUACUUUGUCUACGGGGACCAAGCGUACGUGUGUUUGUAUCUCCUUUUGAAGGAUCAAGUUUAA